ACGGAGGAAGUUUGUCCUGCGCGGGUUCCGUACACGUGAGAUCACGGUUACUGGAUUUGGAAACCGGAAGUGGAUGAUCCGUGGUGUGCGGGACUCGGUCUGCUGAUUGUUGUGAAGUUUUGGGGUAUCACGAGGGACCCGGAAGAAGCAAGGAGAUACACCGAAUCCCGGGAGGAGUGUUAUCGCCACGUAGAUCAUCCAGCGAGGGUCCGGGCGGGAGGAGGAGAGACAUGAAGAGCAGUGUGGCCCAAGUCAGGCGUUCCUCCAGUUACGACAAGCAUGACUCCUACAGCUCUCGUCGAAGAAGUUCCUCUCCAGAGGACAGGAAUCGAAACAGAGAUCGAUCACUCUCUCCAUAUGAUGGUAAAGGUUACUCUAAUCGUGACCGGUAUGAUGAUGAUGAUGAGGAGGACGAUGAUCGACCAAGAAAUGGCAGAUAUGACCGGUCAGAGAAUACAAGGUGGAAGGUAAGGGACAGGGACUAUGAUAGAUCGAGAAAAGAAGAUCCGGAGAGAGACCCUGAGCGGGACAGAUCAAGAAAAGACUAUGAACGAGACAGAUCAAGACGAGAUCCAGAUAAGGACUUUGAGCGAGACAGGUGGAGAAGAGACCCAGACAGAGACUCUGAUAGAGACAGAUCAAGAAGAGAUCCAGAUGGAGACAGAGACUCUGAUAGAGACAGAUCAAGAAGAGAUCCAGAUGGAGACAGGACAAGAAGAGAUCCAGACAGGGAGUGGGGAAGAGACCUCUCAAGAAGAGGCCCAGAAGCAGACUUUGACCGAAAACGGGACAAUAAAUCUCCACCGACUGGGAAUAGUGAGCAGAGAUCGGAAGAUCCGGGUUUAGCAGAACCUCCAGUAAAGAAAAAGAAAGAGGAAUUGGAUCCCAUCCUUACCCGGACUGGAGGAGCUUAUAUUCCCCCAGCCAAGCUGCGUAUGAUGCAAGAGCAAAUAACCGACAAGAGCAGCUUAGCUUAUCAGAGAAUGAGCUGGGAAGCAUUAAAGAAGUCAAUUAAUGGUCUCAUUAACAAAGUCAACGUGUCCAACAUUGGGAAUAUUAUUCAGGAGAUCCUUCAGGAAAACAUAAUUCGUGGGCGAGGCUUGCUGUCUAGAUCGAUCCUUCAAGCUCAGAGUGCAUCUCCCAUCUUCACCCAUGUGUAUGCUGCUGUAGUGGCAAUCAUCAACUCCAAGUUCCCUCAGGUGGGGGAAUUGAUUCUAAAGAGACUUAUCCUAAAUUUCCGUAAAGGUUACCGGAGGAAUGAUAAGCAACUUUGUUUGACGGCUUCAAAAUUUGUUGCCCAUCUAAUCAAUCAGAAUGUGGCCCACGAGGUAUUGGCACUGGAAAUGCUGACCUUGCUCCUGGAGCGACCUACAGAUGACAGUGUUGAAGUUUCUAUUGGCUUUAUAAAGGAUGGCGGCCUUAAGCUAACUCGAGUAACACCCAAAGGCAUAAAUGCUAUCUUUGAGCGUAUGCGGAACAUCCUACAUGAGUCAGAAAUAGACAAGCGUGUGCAGUACAUGAUUGAGGUCUUAUUUGCUGUUAGAAAAGAUGGCUUCAAAGAUCACCCCGUUAUCCCUGAUGGCCUGGACCUGGUGGAGGAAGAUGAUCAGUUUACGCAUAUGCUUCCUUUAGAGGAUGAUUACAAUCCAGAAGAUGUACUUAAUGUCUUCAAGAUGGAUCCGAAUUUUCUUGAAAAUGAAGAAAAGUACAAAACUAUUAAAAAAGAAAUCCUUGACGAAGGGGACACUGAUUCUGAAGGAGGAGAUGGCGAAAAUGACAGUGAUGAUGACGAUGAAGAAGUGGAAGAUGGAGCUGAAGACGGAGGGGAAGCGGAAAAAAUAACCAUUCACGAUCAAACUGAAAUUAACUUGGUAUCCUUUCGCCGAACAAUAUAUCUUGCAAUUCAAUCAAGUUUAGACUUUGAAGAAUGUGCUCAUAAGUUAAUAAAGAUGGCCUUCCCAGAAAGUCAAACGAAAGAACUUUGCAAUAUGAUACUGGAUUGCUGUGCUCAGCAGAGAACGUACGAGAAGUUCUUUGGCUUGCUUGCUGGGCGUUUCUGUUUGUUGAAGAAAGAAUACAUGGAGUCUUUUGAAGUCAUUUUCAAAGAGCAGUAUGAGACCAUCCACCGGCUGGAAACAAACAAAUUAAGAAAUGUUGCCAAGAUGUUUGCCCACCUUUUGUAUACUGACUCUAUUCCAUGGAGUGUUCUUGAAUGCAUAAAUCUUAGCGAAGAAACGACAACAUCUUCUAGUCGUAUAUUUGUGAAAAUAUUCUUCCAGGAGCUGUGCGAAUAUAUGGGACUCCCCAAGCUAAAUGGCAGACUUAAGGAUAUGACUCUUCAACCAUUCUUCAGCGGAUUGCUGCCUAUGGACAACCCAAAAAACACUCGCUUUGCUAUUAACUUUUUCACUUCCAUAGGUCUUGGAGGAUUGACGGAUGAACUGCGUGAACAUUUGAAAAAUGCACCAAAAAUGAUAAUGACCAAAAAGCAAAAUGUUGAAUCAUCUGAUUCUUCAUCGUCGUCAGAAUCAUCUUCAUCUUCAGACUCAUCGUCUGAAUCCAGCUCAUCCAGUGACAGUGAUUCCUCCAGCUCCAGCAGUGGCCCGGAUGUUUCAAGGAAAAAGAAAAGGGCAUCAAGAAAGGAGAACGAAAAGACCUCAAAGAGGGACAGAAGUGCAGAACGACCUCACAAAGCAGGUUCAAGGGAUGAACACCACAAAGAGAGGCAUAAAGAAAAAAAACACCACAAAGAUAGUCCCAGUAAUAGAGGAUCAAGCAAAUCGGACAAAAAGUCUGAUAAGCACACAAAAAGAUCGCAUAGAUGAUCUUUUUUGUAUUUUUAAUGACACUUUUUUUUUUUUUUUUAACACAAAACGCUGUUGGAAGUUGGAUGCCAUCAAUGGACCGUACUAAUAUGCAGAAGCUGUAUUUUAACAGCUGUGACGUGAAAUGUAUGCUUUUAUGUUGUGGACCUAUAUUUUCAUGUCUCAUUAAAACCAUUUUUUUUAAGA